CUCGCUCGACAGAACCAUGUCACCCUGACCCCUUGCCUGGCGCAACUACAUGGGGUUCACGAGAUUGUUGGCUCGCAACCUGCACCUGGCGGUGGCUCCAGCAAGACUGCGAAUAGAGAUACAUUGCAGACAACGACGUCCGUUUGUGCGUGCCGAUGGUACGCAGGAGUACCCGGGCCUGCCGACGUUCAACCACGAGUACUCGAAGUUCGGAACGAGCUUCGACGUGGAGGCGACCAGGUAUUGCCGGAAACUGGACCAAAGACAAGACCCUUUCGCCUGCGGUACUCUAAAUCUGCAUAUUGGCACUAGAGUACCAAGGCUGCCAAAGCACAAAACACAUCAGUGACAGAAGUUGCCCUAAGCAAGGGUUUUCUCUGGCGACCUUGCGAGACAUUCAACAGAACUGAUGUUGAAUCCGUCGAGUAUGAAGUUCGUUUCAUCUGGGACAACUUCUACGCUGGCCAUCCAAUCAUCAUACCUGCUACAGUGCACAGGAGCAUGGCGCGGAUUUGGGAAGCGACCAAGAAUCAACUGCCCGCAUUUGCAAAGUCGCAAUUGCACGCUCCACAUACCAGUCCGUACUUCAUGGCGCAAGAGACUGCUUUUGAGCUCGAACAGACACAAUACUCCAGUAUGCCAUCUUCGUCACUAUCGUGGACCAGGACAGACUCUCACUAGAUAUUACUUUGCUUCAACGAAGCACAGUGAUUCUCAGUUCGAAGCGUUGCCACCCUAGAGGUGCGAACAAGAAUUCGAUCAU